UGGGCGGCGUUGGCCUUGCGGGGUUCUAGUUUCCACGUGGUGCGGUGAGGGCGGCUAGGCCCACCUCGGUGCCCUUAGACACCCUGGCCCUCGGGGCCCGCUUCCCGCCGAGAUGCCGAAGGUGAAGUCGGGUGCGAGCGGCCGUCGUCGUGCACGGCAGGAGCAGCGCGGAGAGCUGAAGCGGGCCGGAGGACUCCUGUUCAACACGGGGAUUGGACAGCACAUUUUGAAAAAUCCUCUGAUUGUUAACAGCAUUAUCGAUAAGGCUGCUCUAAGACCAACAGACGUGGUGCUGGAAGUUGGGCCUGGAACUGGCAACAUGACCGUAAAGUUAUUAGAAAAGGCAAAAAAGGUAGUUGCCUGUGAACUUGACCCAAGACUAGUAGCUGAACUUCACAAAAGAGUUCAGGGCACACCUUUGGCUAGCAAACUUCAAGUGCUGGUGGGUGAUGUGCUGAAAUCUGAUUUGCCAUUCUUUGAUGCAUGUGUUGCAAAUUUGCCUUAUCAGAUUUCUUCUCCUUUUGUCUUCAAGUUGUUGCUGCACCGACCAUUCUUCAGAUGUGCCAUACUUAUGUUUCAAAGAGAAUUUGCUCUCAGACUGGUUGCUAAACCUGGAGAUAAGUUAUACUGCAGACUCUCAAUUAAUACACAGCUGUUAGCCCGUGUAGACCAUUUAAUGAAAGUUGGGAAGAAUAACUUCAGACCACCACCUAAGGUGGAAUCCAGUGUUGUGAGGAUAGAACCUAAGAAUCCACCACCACCCAUCAAUUUUCAGGAAUGGGAUGGCCUAGUAAGGAUCACCUUCGUUAGGAAAAACAAGACACUGUCUGCUGCAUUUAAAUCCAGUGCAGUCCAACAGCUAUUGGAAAAAAACUACAGAAUUCACUGUUCACUCCAUAAUAUUAUAAUACCGGAAGAUUUCAGCAUAGCAGAUAAAAUACAGCAAAUCCUAACCAGCACAGGUUUUAGUGACAAACGGGCCCGUUCCAUGGAUAUAGAUGACUUUAUCAAAUUGCUACAUGGAUUCAAUUCAGAAGGUAUCCACUUUUCAUAGCUACUUGGAAAACUUCUUGAUGAAACUACUAAGUACUCCACUGCACUGGGCUUAAGUGCUUUUCAUUUAAAAUCACUGUUGUAUCACUGAUUAUUCUGCAUAUUUUAAGGCAGUCAGCUGUAUCAAGUUCUUUUGGUUUUGAGUAUACUGCACAUAUCCCAAGCUCAAGAGCCGCAGAUACGCACAAUCAAUGUUUCAUACAGUUCAUCAUAUAAAGAUAUUACCUUCUAUUUACUGUUUAUAUACUAUGAGUCCCUCUUAUAUACUUUGAGUCCCUCUUUAGGCCUUCCACUCAUUCCCUUACAUUAAAAUAGGUUCAAAUAACCAUAUAUUCCUGUAUCAUUUCUUACAUGUACAAUAAAAAUUUUUAAUGUUUUUUGUU